CGUAUUAAUGGUGUAUAACUACAAUAGAAUGCAUUAUAGAAUAUUGUAUUUUGAAAUGGAGACAGUAGGCCUUGUAUAAUAGCAGGGUAAAAAUAUAGGAAAGGAAUUCUUAGUCUGAAUAAUUUACAUGUAAGAACAGUGCCUCCAUUUUGGGAAGGGGAAAUUCAAACCAAGAAUAAUUUAACAUCAGACGUUUCACCUAUAACUACUCCUCUUCUUUUCCUCCCGCAUUAUAGAUAACAAUAACAGGUCUAGAAAGUUACGAGAGGAUGAAUGCCGAGCAACAAAGGCCUAAUUAUGGUCAACAACCUCAGAUGAGACCCUAUCCUACUCAACAGCAACGAAUAGGUGGAAACACACCGAACAUUCGACCUGUUCAAGUAGUGAAUGGUGCAGCUCCCGUGCGUCCUAUUAUGCAAAAUCAACCUAUUCGUCCAAUGGGCCCUCCAGUAGCUCGUCCACCAGUGAGAUCGAAUUUAAAUGCCCCUAUAGGAACUACAAUGUCAUUACCACAAACUACACCUAGCGGAAAGCCGCCAUUAAGACCUGGCUUCCCACCAGUUAAUGCUCCUAUGAGACCUGCUAAUCAGGCUAUGUCACCCAACAUUAGGCCAGUUGGCUUUGCUUCACCAUCUCCAGGUUUACAACAAGCUAAUUUGGUGUCUUCUAUGCAAAACAUGCACAUUCAACAGCCAGCAUCUCACCAACAACAACACCAACGGCCAGAAAUCUCAUCACCAGCAAUGCCCGCAGCUUCGCCUUUACAAACGCAACAACCAUUAUCGCCUCAACCGCCUCAACCACAGCUUCACCAUUCAAGUAAGCCAAGACGUGUAUAUGUAAACCCUGAAAUCGGUAAUUAUCAACAGCCAACAUUACAAUCUCAACAACCGCAACCACAGCAACCACAGGGCCCAUGGCCAAAUAGCCUUCAAAAUCAUCAACAACCCUUCAAUCAACCUCAGCAACAAUUCUCACCAGCGGCAGCACCUAUAACCCCUUCUCCUACCUCCACUGGUAAAUCCACUCCUCGUCACCAUCAUUCUGCAGCCGCCGGUAUUGGUUAUACCAACGCUCCUUAUGCACAUACCGGUCAACAAUUACCUCCCGAACUUCGUCCUCCUACUCAACCACGCCCUCGUAUUGAUCCUGAUCAAAUGCCUGCUCCGGUUCAAGUGCGUGAACAAGAUCAGGAACUUUUCGCCAACAAAUUUUUCGGCACGCUAGAAAGAAGUGAACGUGUACCAUUUGCCACUACUGAUUUUAUUGGUUUAGAUCAAGGCAAUAGCAAUCCACGCUUCAUGCGUUCCACAUUGGAUCGUAUACCCGCAACCAAAGAGCUAGCUGACCGUUCCAAAUUACCUAUGGGAUUGAUUGUACAACCGCUUGCCAAACAACGCUCAGAUGAAGUGGCUAUUCAGGUAGUAAAUCAUGGAGAAGAGGGACCUGUGCGUUGCAGUCGUUGUCGUGCCUAUAUCAACCCUUGCUGUGUCUUUACACAUGGCGGUUCUAAAUUUGAAUGUAAUAUUUGUUUCCAUUCGAAUGAAGUGCCCAGUUGGUAUUUUGCCAAUGUAGAUAUGUCAGGUAGAAGAGUGGAUGCGAAUGAGAGACCCGAGCUGCGUUACGGAUCUGUGGAGUUCGAGGUUACCAAGGAUUAUUUUGCAGAAAAUAGACUGCCUGCUCCAUUAAGUUACGUUUUUGCGAUUGAUGUAUCGGUACAAGCAAUUCAAAGUGGAAUGCUCCCUUCAGUAUGUGAGGGCCUGAAAAAUGCCAUUUAUGAUACGGAAGGCAAUCCUAAAUUGAAAAACCGCAUUGGUAUUAUUACAUAUAACAGAGAUGUUCAUUUUUACAACCUUGCUCCUGAUUUGAGUACUGCACAGAUGCUAGUUGUAUCCGAUAUCAACGAUAUGUUUUUGCCCCUUCAACACGGCUUUUUAGCAGAUCUAUCUGAGUCCAAGCACGUCAUUUUAGAAUUAUUGAACAAUCUGCCUCACAUGUUUAAAGAUACCACUCGACCUGAAUCUGUAUAUACAUCUGCUAUCCGUGGUGGUUUGGAAGCCUUGAAAAACACAGGCGGUCAACUUUUUGUCUUCCAAACCUGUCUUCCUAAUUUUGGUGGUGAUAUGUUGAAAUCUCGUGACGAUAAAGCUUUAUACGGUACUGAUAAGGAAAAGACUCUUCUCAUUUCUCAGAAUGACAAGUAUAAGGAACUCGCCGACGUUUGUGUCAAGUCAGGCGUCUGUGUUAAUACAUGGGGUUUCCCUCAUCAAUACAUGGACGUGGCUACGCUGGAUGUACUGUGUCGUUUGACAGGCGGUGAUUUCCGUUAUUUCCCCAAUUUCACCCUUGCUGACAAAUACCGCAUCAUUCACCAACUCAAUCACGAUUUGCAUCGCGAAACAGGUUUUGAUGGUAUUUUACGUAUCCGUUGUUCUGACGGAUUACAAGUCAUGGAUCAUUAUGGUAAUUGUCAUAUGAGUGUUUAUACCGAAUGCGAUUUGGCUGGCGUGGAUGAAGAUAAAGCAAUUGCUGCGGUCUUGAAGCAUGAUGGUAAACUGGAUGCGAACCGUGGCGUAUCAUUCCAAUGUGCCCUUUUGUAUACGACUAGAGAAGGACAGCGUCGUGUCCGUGUUCAUAAUUUGCAUUUAUCUGCUACAUCUCAGAUUGCAGAUGUUUUCAGAUAUGGUGAUGUGGAUACGACCAUCAGUGUGAUGCUGAGAAAGACGAUAUUUGAAUUGCAUCACAAGAAUAGAAAAGAUUUACAUCGAUCACUGACAGACGCAUGUGUAGAUAUUUUAACAGCCUACAGAAUUAAUUGCGCAGCGGCGACAUCACCGGGACAGCUUAUUUUACCAGAAGCAUUUAAAUUAUUACCUGUUUAUGUGCAUGGUGCCAUUCGAUCUUCUGUAUUGAGAGGAGUGGGACCAGAUAUGAACAUUGAUGCCAGAGCAGCUGGUAUGAGUAUGUUCAAUACAUUAAGUGUGGCAGAGCUGGUAUGGACGCUAUACCCUCGUUUAUAUCCUCUUACCGGACUCAGUUUAACAGAAAAUACAGCUGAUCUUCGAGGAGAAAGGAAGCUGCCCAAUAUGAUCCGCUGUUCGUAUGAUAGGUUAGACAGCAAGGGUUGUUAUUUACUAGACACCGGUUCAGAAUUGUAUUUGUGGAUGGGUAAAUCAGUAUCCAGUGAGUUUAUUGAGAACUUGUUUAAUGUGAAGACGUUGGACGAGAUAGAUCCCAAUAUGAUCACUUUACCAGCACAUUCUACUAUCUUGUCAGAAGAAGUACACGGUAUCAUGACGCAAAUACAAGCUUCCCGCUCAAAAUACUUGGCCUUACGUGUAGUUCGACAAGAGAAGGAUGCUUCCGAAUUCCUAUUCGCUACAUGGAUGUCAGAAGACAGAAAUGCUGAAGUACAGACUUAUGUUGAUUACAUGUGUGUACUACACCGUAAAAUUCAAGAAGAAAUGAAAAAGCAUAAUAAUUAAAGUUUAAGCUCUUCCAUAUUUCAUACAUUUCUUUCAUUUAUUCAUUUCAUCAUAAAAGCCA